GUGAUAAAGAACACUGGUAGGAGAGAAAUUAGAAAUGGGUCUCCAAAUUGAGAAGAUAUGGAUGGCCAUAAUGGUGGUGGCCAUUUGCCUGAGAAACGGGAGAGUAGAAGCCCAUCUCGAAGUCGGAUUCUACUCCGGCAGCUGCCCCACGGCUGAGCUCAUUGUCAGGGAGGAGGUUGAGAAGGCUCUCACCGAAGACCAAGGCCUCGGCGCAGACCUUCUUAGAAUGUUCUUUCAUGACUGCUUCACAAAUGGUUGUGAUGCUUCGAUUCUUCUUGAUUCGACGGAGAACAACACCGCGGAGAAGGAUGCGAAGGUCAACCUCACCCUCGAGGGAUUUGAGAUCAUCGACCACAUGAAGGAGAGGCUGGAGGCGGUGUGCAAAGGAGUCGUCUCCUGUGCUGACAUUCUUGCUUUUGCUGCAAGAGAUAGCGUGGUUCAUUACGGAGGAGUUCACUUCAAAGUCGCAGGAGGAAGAAGGGACGGAAGAGUGUCCAGCUCAGCUGAUGCAAGCAUUCUCCCUUCAUCGGAUCACAACCUUAGCCAUCUCACUAAAUUAUUUAUCUCGAGAGGAUUGAGCCAAAGUGACAUGAUUAUUCUCUCAGGGGCGCACACAGUAGGCAUCGCCCACUGCGACGCCUUCGCCGAGCGGCUCUACGAUGUACACGCCGAUGGAUACGAAGCGAUGGACGAGAAGUACGCAGCCCAUCUGCGGCAGCAAUGCCCACCGGGAAGCAACAACACGGUGGUGUUGAACCCGCACAGCCCAUACGUUUUCGACAACCGCUACUACAAGAACCUGCUCAGCCGCCAGGGCCUCUUGGUCUCCGACAGAACCCUCCUCUCUACACACGGCACCAUGACGCAAGUCAAGCGCUACGCCUCCAACUACAAGCGCUUCCAGCGCAAGUUCGCCGACGCCAUGUUCAAGCUCGGCGAAAUGGACGUCCUCACCGGCGCCGAUGGCGAGAUCCGAGCCAAUUGCAGAGCCAUCAACUAAUCGCUAUCGUGACCGUGAAUUAAAAAUUCCAUGAUUUAAGCUGCUCAGACAGUUAUCCUUCCUUUUCAGUAUAUGGUGUUGUUUUAUGUGUUCUAUAUAAAAUUGUGCCGUGCAUGCCCGAAUCCAUGAAUACAUGUCAGAGAAUGUUUCCGAAUUCCAACAUUUAAUGUUUGUGUGUUAAACAUUGUUA